UAUUAAUAUUGGGCAUCUUAUCCCCCACCUUUUCCCAGAUCCAGGUCCAGGUCCUCCCUUCACAUCUCGUUUCCCUUCCCUUCCCUUCCCCCACCAAGCCAUCCCAGUGUCGCUCAAGUGACCCCAUUUGGCCCUGGAGGAAUUCAAAAAGAGGUGGCCUGUCAUGCUGUUCCGCCAUCUCACAAUUGCCCUGGCCACUGGCCUGGCAAUCGAAGCCGCCGCCACUCCUCUCUACGGGGAGAAUGGGGACACCUUGGAGGGGCGCGGGGUGCCGUCGUCGCACGCGUUGCACGAGCGACAGCUGCCGCAUUGGGCGACGACAUGGCAGAAGCGAGACCGAGUCCCUUCAUCUGCCGUGUUGCCCGUGCGAAUUGGGCUCAAGCAGUCGAACUUGGACCAAGGGCGCAAUAUGUUGCUGGACAUAUCAACCCCGAAAUCUGCCAACUACGGGAAGCACAUGUCCGCCGAGGAAGUCAUCGACUUCUUCGCGCCGCCCGGGUCCAGUGUCGAUACCGUAACUGAGUGGCUCACGGAAGCCGGCAUUGGCGCCGAGCGAAUCUCACAGUCGAUCAACAAGCAGUGGAUCCAAUUUGAAGCUACAGCUGCUGAAGUCGAGGACAUCCUGUUCACUGAAUACCACGUGUUCGAGCACCGGGAUACGGGAACCAAGAACAUUGCCUGUGACGAGUACCAUAUCCCCAGUCAUGUCAGGGAGCAUGUCGACUACAUCACUCCUGGGAUCAGACUCCGCGUAGAUAAGGGAAAGUCGGCAAAGUUGAGAAGGAAGCGUGAAGCUGAAGCUCUGCAGAAGCGUGGCGUCGCGGCGAUGAACACGGGCCUCGUCCCAAUUCCCCAGGCCAAACUGCCAAACCUCCCACAACUCAACUCCAGCGUUUGUCACCAGUAUGUCACCAAUGAGUGCAUUCGGAAACACUACCGGGUGCCCAAAGGUACCACAGCUGCCAAAGGUAACGAGCUAGGCAUCUUUGAGUCUUUGAACGACCAUUACAGCAAGGACGAUCUCGAUGUAUUCUGGGCCAAUCUAUUCCCAGAGAUUCCUCAGGGCACAUACCCUAUCGACAAGCUGAUAGACGGCGCCAUUGGCGCGGCGGAAACCCCCGAGGAAGUGGGCGCCGAGUCGGCCCUCGAUUUUCAAGUGGCAUGGCCCCUGAUCUGGCCCCAGAACACGGUUCUCUUCCAGACGGACGAUCAGUACAUCGAAGUCAACCAGACCGACCCCGACACGCCGUACCUAGGCUUCUGGAACACCUUCUUCGACGCCCUCGACGGCAGCUACUGCACGUACUCGGCCCACGGCGAGACAGGCAACUGCGAGAAGGCCGAGUGCCUUGACCCGCAGUACCCAGACCCCAACCCAGGCGGCUACCAGGGCGAGCUGCAGUGCGGCGUGUACGAGCCCACCAACGUCAUCUCCAUCUCGUACGGCGGCGGCGAGGGCGACCUACCGGGCUACUACCUGCGGCGCCAGUGCGACGAGAUCAUGAAGCUCGGCCUGCAGGGCGUCACCGUCGUCAUCAGCUCGGGCGACGACGGCGUAGGCUCGUACCCGGGCGACGCGGGCCUGCAGAACGGCUGCGCGGGCCCCAACGGCACCGUCUUCUACCCGGGGUCGGACGCCACCUGCCCGUUCGUCCUCGCCGUCGGGUCGACCCAGCUCGACGGCCCGCCCGGCACGGGCAACUUCUCCCGCACGUCGGCCUGCCGCCUGACCGAGGUGGCCACGACGCGGUUCCCGUCGGGAGGCGGGUUCUCCAACGUGUUCGACACGCCCGCGUACCAGAGGCGCGCCGUCGAGACGUACCUGGCCGACACAGCCCCCGGGCUCGCCUUCGAGGGAUACUCCGGAGACCCGGGCACCAACUUUAGCGACGUCGGCGACGGCGUGUACCGCAUCGGCGGGCGCGGGUACCCGGACGUGGCGGCGGUCGGGGACAGGUUCGUCGUGCGCGCCGGGGGCUCGUGGGGGACUAUCGGGGGCACGUCGCUGUCUGCGCCCGUGUGGGCGGCGUUUCUGACGCUGGUCAACGAGGAGAGGAUCGCGGCGGGGAAGGGGACGGUCGGGUUUAUCAAUCCCGUUCUGUACGAGAAUCCGGAAGUCUUCCACGAUAUCACGAAUGGGUCGAAUCCGAACUGCAACUCUGGGGGCUUCGUGGCUGCCAAGGGUUGGGAUCCGGUCUCUGGCCUGGGAUCGCCCAAUUACCCCAAGCUUCUUAAGCUGCUCUUGAGUCUGCCGUGAGGACCGUAUUUCUAGGUGGCUUCCAGGGUAGUUCUUUAGAUACAAUUAGCCCAACGUAUGCGAAGCUGAUGGUUCUCCAUUGCGACUUCCACUGCUCUAACCAGCUUGUGAGGUUGCCUCAGAUGAUGCAAUGCCCAGCCUUGUAAACGAUAAUAAGCUGUAGUAAAUAAAGUAUUACGUCGUCCAGUUGUAUCGCACUUGGAAGC